AUGCACGCUGCCACUUACGUCGCCAUCGCCGCUGUCGCCGCCGGCUCUGUCGCCGCCGUCUCCCCCAUCACCCCCGCUUCCCUCGUCCAGUGUCAACCCGCCCAGCUUUCUUGGACUGACGGUACCGGCCCCUUCAUUAUUGCCGCCAUCCCCGGUGGUGAGGUCUCUGCUGCUGCCAUCGAGACCAUUGCCGACUCUCAGGCUUCCAGCCCCUUGACCUGGACCGUCAACCUUGCCUCUGGCACCAACAUCACACUCAGGAUCACCGACUCUACCGGUACCAUCGGCUACUCUUCCCCCGUCGUCAUCCAGGCCGGUUCUUCCGACUCUUGUUUGAACGCCACCGCUUCUACCAGCGGUCUCUCUUCUGCUUCCGUGUCUAGCACCGGCUCCAGCUCUGACACCGGCGCUGCCGGUGGUGCCGCCGCUACCACCGCCUCCGACUCUGCCUCUUCCGCGUCUUCUUCUGCGGGCAGCUCUUCUGCGUCUUCUACCGCCGCGUCUUCCUCCGCCUCUUCUUCUGCCACUUCCGCUGCCUCCGCUGCGUCUUCCGCCACCUCUGCUGCCUCUUCCAGCGCUGCCGGUGCCGAUUCUGCUUCUUCCGGUGCCUUUGCCAACGCCGUUGUCGGUAUCCCCGCCCUCGCCGCUGGUGUUUUCGCCGGUGUUCUCGCCUUCCUCUAA